AUGUCUACGUUUGAGCAUAUUAUUUGUUUAUACGUAUGUGGUUCUGUUGCUUUGGGACCAGAACUUAGUUGGCCGCUAUUGGCUAGUCGGUAUCGCGUACUCAGGGUAAUAGGUCGUGGCACUUUCUCGCGAACGUUAUGUGCCGAAGACACUUACUUUCCUGGACGGCCAUUGGUAGCUAUUAAAAUGAUGGCUACUAAAUUUAACUCAAUUGGGAUCCAAGAAUGCAAAAUUCUACGAUAUCUGAACGCAAGCGAUGUAAAUAACAGCAUACCCGUGGUCAAGAUCUUCAACACGUUCGUCUUUGAGCAGCAUUUCUGUCUUGUUUUUGAGUAUCUAGAAGGUGGAAUGUUGACAACAGUGCCUAGAAAUCAAUCAGAACAUACGCGAUUACACGUAAUACGUAAAUUCGCUUGUCAGAUAUUGUCGGCGUUGAUGUAUCUUCAGAAAAUGGGGAUAUUACAUGCUGAUUUGAAGCCGGACAAUAUUCUGUUGGAUUCAGGAAAUUCGUCUGCAUUGAAAAUAAUCGACUUUGGAAAUGCUAUGAAUUUGGAUGAUGUACCGAUAUACUUCAAAACAUUCGAAAUUCAAAAUCCGUUAUACAGAGCACCAGAGGUGCUUCUUGGGAUUCCUUUCGGAUCAGCAAUCGACAUGUGGUCUUUAGAGGAUAUACUACUUGAAACAACUACUGCCGAAGGGCAAGAAGAUCCUUUGUUAGAGGCCAGGUCAGUAUCAAUUUGA